GACUCAUCCUCACUUUGAGAACGGAUUUGCCACAAUAGAGAGCCCAAUAACGAUUCAGUGUGUAUGGACUUUCAUACAAUACUGAUUAUUUUAUAAAGUCUGCCAUUGACUUUGUAACAUAACUGAGCACUAGACUGGACUGAAUUUGUAAUGUAGAGGGACACUUGAAAAGCGUUAACUGCGACGAAACAGCUUCAUGUAAGAAAUCAUCUGUUGUGCGUUUAGGGAGUUUGAGAAUAUCUUCCCACCAUGGGUCAGCGCCUGAGUGAGGAGAGCGACCCGGACAAGGAAAUCGAUGUGGCAGAGCUGCAGGAGUGGUACAAAAAAUUUGUUGUGGAAUGCCCAAGUGGGACUCUGUUCAUGCACGAGUUCAAGAGCUUUUUCGGUGUCACAAAUAACAAGGAGGCCUCAGAUUACAUUGAAAACAUGUUUCGAGCUUUUGACAAGAACGGCGACAACACCAUUGAUUUUCUGGAAUAUGUGGCAGCACUGAACUUAGUCCUCAGGGGAAAACUGGAGCAUAAGCUUAAAUGGACAUUCAAGAUGUACGACAAAGAUGGAAGCGGAUGCAUUGAUAAGACGGAGCUUCUUGAAAUUGUGGAGUCUAUUUAUCGACUGAAGAAAGCCUGCCACGGAGAGCUGGACGAGGAAUGUAAUCUCCUGACCCCAGACCAAGUGGUUGACCGGAUAUUUGAGCUGGUUGAUGAAAAUGGAGAUGGGGAGCUCUCGCUGGAUGAGUUCAUUGAUGGAGCACGGAGGGACAAGUGGGUGAUGAAGAUGCUACAGAUGGAUGUCAACCCCGGGGACUGGAUGAGCGAGCGAAGAAGCAGCACUGACUCCUAAAGCUGGGGUGAAGACUAUCGGCCUGAAACACGAACAUUCCUCAUGUGUGACCGUUCGUGCUGUGGUUUUGUAUGCCGUUUAUACUGAAUGUAUAUAAAAUAAAACAACAGUCAUGGCAUUGUGCUGUGUGCUGGUGUGUGUAGAAAAUUCAGAUGUGUGCUGUAUUUUGCUGGUAAAGCGGUCAUGUAUUCAGGUUUAAUAUGUAUAGCUUACACAUAUUUAUUGUUUAUCUGUUGCUAGCUUAUCCGUUUGUAGAUCUUAUGGAUUGUGCAGUUAUAAUGUUGGUUCUUUUGUGUUAUAUGUCAUGAAACAAACAUAAAAGUAUUCAAUAAACACACUUAAACAUA